AUGGAAGAGUCAAGCCGCCCUAGUUCGGCCAAUUCGAAUGAUUCCUUCAAUAUAAGCGAGUUUUUGGUUCCCGCUAGGGACCUCAAACUACCUGGUCAGAGCAGCGUCACAUUCGAUGGGCUUUUGAAGGAACCUCUUCUACUCAAGGAGGAUUUGAAAGAAGGAUGUGGUGGUCAGCUAUGGCCAGCUGGUAUGGUCCUGGCCAAAUAUAUGCUCCGUCGACACCAUUCUGAUCUUUCUGAUAAAACGAUUGUUGAACUUGGAGCUGGUGGUGGGCUCGUUGGAUUGGCAGUUGCGCGUGGCUGUCAUGUCGGCCCCUCUCCCCUAUACAUCACAGAUCAAAUCCCAAUGGUUUCACUCAUGGAAGCCAAUAUCAAGCUCAACAACCUCUCCUCUACCGUCAAAGCGGCAGUUCUGGAUUGGGGGGAUCCAAUUCCAGCCGAUAUUCCGAGACAUCCAGCAAUUAUCCUUGCGGCCGACUGCGUCUACUUUGAACCCGCCUUUCCCUUGUUGGUAACAACCUUGAAAGAGCUUCUGGGACCAGACUCUGUUUGCUAUUUCUGCUUUAAAAAGCGUAGACGAGCAGACCUCCGGUUUAUGAAACUAGCCAAGAAGGCAUUCUCAAUUACCGAAAUCAGUGAUGACCCUGAUGCAGAAACUUACAAGCGAGAGAAUAUCUCCCUCUAUUCAAUACGAGCAAAACAAGAUAAUACCGGACUACGAAAUGACUGA